CAAUGAUUCUCACUCUCCUUCUCCCACAUCUGCUGCACCAUGGAUGAGAAGACGAUCCAUAACAGCACCUUAAACCCAAAACCCAUUUCAUUUCACAUCCAUUUUAAUCUAUUUCUCCUCUUUCUCUCACUCUCUCUCUUACCCAUUUCCUUCUCUGCUCUCCACAAGCCACCCCCACUUCCAAUUUUACCGAUUCCCUCUGCCUCUCAGCUCCAAUGGCAACUCUCAUCCAUGGCAAUCUUCUUUCACUUUGGUCCCAAUACUUUCACGGACUCCGAGUGGGGAACUGGUCGAGUUGACCCUUCUGUAUUCAACCCGAUCCGACUCAACACCACCCAGUGGGUUCAAGUAGCCAAAGAUGCUGGCUUUAAUCGUGUGAUACUCACAGCAAAACACCAUGAUGGUUUCUGUUUAUGGCCUAGUGAAUAUACAGAUUAUUCUGUAAAGUCAAGUUCUUGGAGUAAUGGGACUGGUGAUGUUGUUAAAGAGCUGGCUUUGUCUGCUAAAGAGGCCGGUUUGGAUUUAGGGCUUUAUCUUUCACCAUGGGAUAGGCAUGAGGCGUCUUACGGGAAAACUCUGGAGUAUAAUGAGUUCUAUAUGGCCCAAAUGACCGAGUUGCUGUCUAGGUAUGGAGAGAUCAAGGAGGUAUGGUUGGAUGGUGCAAAAGGGGAAGGAGAGAAGUACAUGGAGUAUUUUUUUGAUAGUUGGUUUAGUCUCAUCCGCCAACAACAGCCUGGGGCUGUAAUAUUUUCCGAUGCUGGUCCUGACACAAGGUGGAUUGGGGAUGAGGCUGGUGUUGCAGGGUCUACAUGCUGGUCUAUCUUCAAUAGAAGUUCUGCGAAGAUCGGGGACACUGAUCCACAAUACUCACAGAGAGGAGACCCAUCAGGUCAUGAUUGGGUGCCUGCUGAAUGUGAUGUCUCCAUUAGACCUGGUUGGUUUUGGCAUGCAUCAGAAAUCCCAAAAUCUGCAUUGAGGCUUCUUGAUAUAUAUUACAAAUCUGCUGGCAGAAACUGCCUCUUGCUAUUGAAUGUGCCUCCAAACUCUUCAGGUCUUAUAUCUGCUGAAGACAUACAAGUCCUUCAAGAAUUUGCUAUACUCCGGAUAUCGAUAUUUUCUAAUAAUCUAGCCAAGAAUGCCCUUCUUAACGCCAGCAGUACACGAGGAGGAGGCACUGACGAUUCACACUUUAACCCCACCAAUGUCCUUGAAGACGGAAUCUACACCUAUUGGGCUCCUGAGGAGAGUCAAUCUGCUUGGGAGUUGCAUUUAGAUCUUCAGGAAUCUGUAUCUUUCAAUGUUUUGCAAGUGCAAGAGCCGGUUCACAUGGGACAAAGGAUUAUUGAGUUUCAUCUUGAGAUUAUGAAAAAUGGAGACUGGACAAAAGUGAUCAAUGGCACAACAGUUGGAUAUCAGAGGCUUUUGCUUUUUCCCACUGUGGAAUCUCAGCAGCUGAAGUUUGUUAUAGACAAGGCUCGGGCAGACCCAUUGAUUUCCUUUUUAGGAAUCUAUAUGGAUAAGUUUUCGUCUGUGGAUAACAAAUUUGAUGAUAGCUCACAAGCUCGCUUCAACAACAGUGUAGAGCUUCAGCAAGCUAGAAGCAAACAUUUCUUGAACAGCACUGAACUACUUCGGCAGAUUACACAAAAUCAUACUAAAACUGCUGCAAUGUAAUGUGGUUUGCAUUACCUCAUUGCGCAGGCAAUUUGUUCAAUCUUCCAAUUUAAUUGUUACAAUACGAAAUAUUAUAACUCAAGUCAUUCUUGGUGGGUUCCACGCAUGGUUUGCAAAUCCUGUUAUAGAUCAAUGUGAAUUAAAUAGUUUGGUUUUGAUUCAAGAAUUCUGAAUUUCUGAGAGAGAACUUCUGUAAA